CGUGCUUGAAGUGUUCAGAAGUAGCAUGAAAUUCUUGUGAUGCGGAUUCAGAGUGUGUGCAGUUCGAUCCACGGUUUGAUUUGCGAUCGAAGGCUCGCUUCGUUGGUAGGCAGAUUCCAAUAGGCAAAUUGAAAGUCAACACAUCUGAUUCCGCUGAGAAGACCACCGGCAUCGUGAAGGAAGAAGACGAUUUAAUUCUUGUUGUUGGUCGCAUUCUGUCGCCAGACCUGCCGUCGCCUUUCACACAGAAGCCUAAUUUUAAUAAUUUCAUAUAUAUAUAUAUACAUAUAUUUUUUUUUCUAUGUAUGAGCAUUUUUGCUGUCGUGGAAUUUCAAGAAUUUCGGUUCUAAGGAGAUUGGCUCGGCACUCUGUUGUUGAUGAAUUAGUAGUGAUCUCUACAGUUCGUGGAUGAAAUAUUUGCUUCGUUGAGUUGAUUGAUAUUGUCUUGGAGAGAGAGAGGGGGCGAGAGAGAGAGCGAGAGAGAGAGAGGAAAUAGGAAGGGUAUCAAAGUGCGGAUCAGCAUGUAUGAAGCCAUUGAGUGUUACAAAUGAUCGUUGUAUUUGUGCUCUGACAAAUAGGCAGCGGGAUCGUUACGCGCUGCAAGGGUGGAGAGGAUAGGGGAGUGUUUGUUUUGGUCUGAAGGGAAUUUACUCUGGUGAUACGCCUGGAGAGAAGGUAAAGGAAGGGGGAAGAGAGAAGGAGAGGGAGAGAUGCAGAGGGGAGUAGGAAAGGCGGUUAGGCGAGUAGGAAGGGCGGCAGCAGCGCGCUUGAAGCAUUCGGAAUUCGUGUCGAGAGGGGCAGCAGCGGGUAUACAGAGCAUCCAGCAACCAAUCCCUGCACCGUCGGCGACGGAAGUCUCUGCUCAGGAUCAAGGAGUGUCGAGUCAAUGGCACAGAGGUUUCUCAACAUUGCCUUGGACGAAUCCUGUGUCUAUGCAGUCUAUUAACCCUAAGGUUAUCAAGACAGAAUACGCAGUUCGUGGAGAGAUUGUUACUCGAGCUCAGAACCUUGAGCAAGAGUUGAUCACAAAGCCGGGAUCUCUUCCGUUUGAAGAGAUUGUGUACUGCAACAUUGGUAAUCCGCAAUCGCUGAGUCAACCGCCAGUUACUUUCUUCCGAGAGGUUGUUGCUCUUUGUGACCAUCCAAACCUUCUUGACAAGUCAGAGACGCACGCUCUAUUCAGUUCUGAUGCCAUCUCAAGGGCGUUUCGAAUAAUCGACAACAUCCCUGGCCGAACUACGGGGGCGUACAGUCACAGUCAGGGUAUCAAAGUCUGUCGUGAGGACAUUGCAGCAGGUAUUGAGGCCCGUGAUGGUUUUCCUGCAGAUCCUGAAGAUAUCUUUAUAACAGAUGGUGCAAGUCCCGGAGUUCACAUGAUGAUGCAGCUGCUAAUAACCUCUGAAAAAGAUGGAAUCUUGUGUCCGAUUCCACAAUAUCCUUUGUAUUCAGCAUCGAUAGCAUUACAUGGAGGCACUUUGGUGCCAUACUAUCUGAAUGAGAGUGCUGGUUGGGGUCUUGAAAUGAAUGAGCUCAAGCAGCAGCUCAAAGCUGCUCGUGAUGCAGGCACCAAUGUUCGGGCUCUGGUUGUCAUCAAUCCUGGAAAUCCAACCGGCCAGGUGCUCUCUGAGGAGAACCAGCGAGAUGUUGUGCAGUUUUGCAAGGAAGAGGGUCUUGUACUUUUGGCAGACGAGGUCUACCAAGAAAAUAUAUAUGCUCCGGACAAGAAGUUUAAUUCUUUCAAGAAAGUUGCACGGAGCAUGGGUUUGCAAGACAAGGAUUUGAACAUUGUUUCGUAUCACUCUGUCUCGAAAGGAUAUUAUGGUGAAUGCGGGCGACGGGGGGGCUAUAUGGAGGUGACUGGUUUGCCUAAAGAUGUGAAAGACCAGCUUUACAAGGUUGCUUCUGUGAACUUGUGUUCUAAUAUCUCCGGACAGGUUCUUAUGAGCUUGGUCACGAAUCCUCCUAAGCCUGGAGACGAAUCGUACGAACUAUUUGCUGAAGAGCGGGAUGCAAUCUUGGGGUCUCUGGGCAGACGUGCGAAGGUUUUGACCGAGGGGAUGAACAAAUUGGAAGGUGUAACUUGUAAUGCUGCGGAAGGUGCAAUGUAUGUAUUCCCCCGUUUGGAUUUACCUGAGCGGGCACUUAAGGCGGCAGGAGCGGUUGGUAUGCUUGCUGAUGUUUUCUACACACGAAGGCUACUGGAUGCAACUGGUGUUGUCAUGGUGCCUGGGUCAGGGUUUGGUCAGGUACCCGGUACAUGGCAUGUUCGAUGUACAAUUUUGCCAGCUGAAGAGAAACUUCCAGGAGUCAUCGAUCGUCUGACAACUUUCCAUCAAAGGUUCAUGGACGAAUUCAGGGACUGAUGUAAUUACUUGUAUUAGACCUUGUGUUUUUCUCAGGGUGUUCCAGAGUUGGAUUUGUCUUGUCCAAUGGUGGCUAUCAACUUAAAAGUUCAUCGCUAUUCGCGCUUGCUCUUCAUGUGCCAAGCCAUUGUAGCUCCGGUGGAAGCGGUUUAUGUUCUGAUUGUCAUCUCAAAUAAUGGAGAGCUAAUCGAUUGAUUAUGCACAUUCAGUUGCCUGA